AUGGUACGAGAUAGAUCAAGCGAAUUUAGGAGGAAAGUUGCAUCAAAUGAGGUGAAUUUGGAAGUUCUUGAAAAUGGAUCUGUUAGUGAUGGGACAACAGAUUCGUUCUUCAACGAUGUCUUUGAAGUACGUAAAUUAAUGGAAGAUUUGUCGAAUAAUAUUCAGAGCCUUAAUGGAAAACAAUCGGAUGUUUUAGCUAAACCGACAGUCGACGAUGCGCAGAAGGUUGAAUUGGACAAUUAUAUAGGAGCAAUAAAGCAGCAAAUUCAGAACUUGAAACCUCGCCUAAUAAGUAUGAAAACAAGUUUAGAGCAAGAUGAAAAGCACUUAAAUGCCUCUUGGAAUUCAGCUGAUAUGCGGAUUCGAAAGCAUCAAAUGGAAUCUUUAAUGAAGAAACUUUCUGAUCUCAUCGAGCAAUUCACUGCAGCUCAGACGGAUUACAGGCAACGAGUCGCAAGACGAAUUAAACGUCAGCUGGAAUUGGCAGGUGAAAGGGCAUCGGACGCCGAAAUUGAGUCCAUGUUGGACUCCAAAUCUACUCAAAUAUUUUACAGGGGAAUGUCAUCUGCAGCAGCGCAGUCUGCUAUAGCAGAUGCUUCUUCAAGACAUGCUGAAAUACUAAGGCUGGAGCAGAGUGUGUCUGAACUUAACGAAAUGUAUAACGAUAUUGCAUUUCUUGUACAUUCACAGGGAGAGUCUGUUUCUCGGAUUGACGAAAAUGUCGAAAAUGCAUUUGCUCAUGUUGAAGAAGGCGCACAGAGUGCCCGCCAAGCUGUAAGGUAUAAGAAAAGUGCCUUACACAAGAAGAUUUACUGCUAUAUUUUAGUUGUUGUAGUUGUGCUUGUUAUAAUUGCUGUAAUCAUAAUCCUUGCCGUUACGUUAAGCAAAUAA